CCCAACUGUGCUUCCACGGUACGUUGAAUCUCCCCUCCCGCCCUUUUCACGUCACGGUCGGUCAUGCUGAGUGCCUGGCAAAGAAAAUCUGUCUUUUCUUUGCUCCGCCAGGCACUUCGUAUCCUUAUGGCUAGAUGGUCUUUUCUCCCUGCCCCCCCCACCCACCGCGUAUCGUGUUAUCUGUUGAUUCGCGUUUCAUCCUUCGUUCAUCUGUCUUCCUCCUCUUAAAUCCUUCGUUCGGCGCGUCUCAUCCGCCCUCACUCCUCAAAAAUCUCCGCAUUAACCCUCGUUCACCUCUCUAGAUCUGGUGUGAAUCCUGCUUCCUCGUCAACAUGGCCUCCCCCACCGCGGCCAAAGAGCCCCAGCCGGCCAUGGAUUUCCUCCAUCACCCUUACACCCGCGCUGCUCUUCCCUUCGUGAACGGUGGCCUCGCUGGUAUGACCGCCACGGUCGUGAUCCAGCCCAUCGACAUGAUCAAAGUCCGUCUGCAGCUCGCUGGUGAAGGUGUGCGCACCGGUCCUCGCCCGUCUGCCUUUGGCGUGGCCCGCGACAUUAUUGCCUCAGGCAAGGCCCUCGAUCUGUACACCGGUCUGUCAGCUGGACUGCUACGCCAGGCCGUCUACACUACCGCCCGUCUGGGCUUCUUCGACACCUUCAGCAAGACUCUCAACAAGCGUGCCGAAGCCGCCAACCGCAGCGUCACCUUCGCCGAACGUGCCGGAGCCGGUCUCGCUGCCGGAGGUAUUGCCGCCAUGAUUGGCAACCCGGCCGAUCUGGCGCUGGUGCGUAUGCAGUCCGACGGUCUCAAGCCUCCCGAGGCGCGGGCCAACUACCGCUCCGUCAUGGACGCGCUCUUCCGCAUCUCCAAGCACGAAGGUGUCCCAGCUCUGUGGGCGGGUGCUUUCCCCACCGUUAUCCGUGCCAUGGCGCUCAACGUCGGCCAGUUGACCUUCUUUGCCGAGUCCAAGGCGCAGCUGAAGAAGCAUACUGGCCUGUCGACUCAGAACCAGACCUUUGCCGCGUCCGCUAUUGCCGGAUUCUUCGCCAGUUUCCUCUCCCUGCCUUUCGACUUUGUCAAGACCCGUCUGCAGAAGCAGCAGAAGGAUCCCAAGACCGGUCAGCUCCCUUACAAGGGCGUCUUGGAUUGUGCGCGCAAGGUCGUCCAGGAGGAGGGCUGGUUGCGGUUCUACCGCGGUUUCGGAACGUACUAUGUGCGGAUCGCUCCUCAUGCGUUAGUGUCUCCACCUUUACUGUUAGUUAGUGCCGUUGGCUAACCCCAGACCCACAGGAUGGUGACGCUUAUCGUGGCCGAUUAUCUGAAC